AUGUGCUCCGGCCGGAUUGAGGCUCCCCGCAGGGGGCGAUCCUUCGACUCCACCAGCGGCAGCUUCGACGAGCAUCAGUUCCACAACGUGGUCGGGAGCGUGGCGCCUCUCUCCGUCCUGAAUGGGAUCUACAAGACAAAUUACACUUUGAAUGAAGACAAUAAGGAGAACAAGGAUAAUUCAUCUGAAAGGGGAAGAGCUGCUGUCAUUUUUUCUUUGAAAAAUGAAAUUGGUGGACUUGUCAAAGCACUAAAACUCUUUCAGGACAAACACGUCAACCUGGUGCAUAUAGAAUCUCGAAAAUCCAGAAGACGGAAUUCAGAGUUUGAGAUCUUUGUAGACUGUGACAGCAACAGGGAACAGCUAGAUGAGAUCUUCCACCUCUUGAAAUCUCAUGUCAGCGUUGUAGCUGUGAACCCAGCAGACAAUUUCAUUGUACAGGAAGAUGAUAUGGAAAACAUCCCGUGGUUUCCUAAGAAAGUCUCUGAUCUGGAUAAAUGUGCAAACCGUGUUCUGAUGUAUGGAUCUGACCUAGAUGCAGACCAUCCCGGUUUCAAAGACAAUGUUUAUCGAAAGAGACGGAAGUACUUUGCAGACCUUGCUAUGAAUUACAGACAUGGUGAACCAAUUCCCAAAGUGGAAUUCACUGAGGAGGAGAUCAGAACUUGGGGCACGGUAUUCCGAGAGCUCAGUAAGCUCUACCCAAGCCAUGCUUGCAGAGAAUAUCUUAAAAACCUACCAUUGUUGUCCAAAUAUUGUGGCUACCGUGAAGACAACAUACCGCAGCUGGAGGAUGUGUCGCGGUUUCUGAAAGAACGCACUGGAUUUACUAUCCGCCCUGUUGCUGGAUACCUGUCACCCAGAGACUUCUUGGCGGGCUUAGCAUUCAGAGUAUUCCACUGCACCCAAUAUGUUAGGCACAGUUCGGACCCGCUUUACACACCUGAACCUGACACCUGCCAUGAGCUUUUAGGCCAUGUCCCUCUUCUGGCGGAGCCCAGUUUUGCUCAGUUCUCCCAGGAAAUUGGCUUGGCCUCCCUCGGAGCAUCCGAUGAAGCUGUUCAAAAGCUGGCAACUUGCUACUUUUUCACUGUGGAGUUUGGCUUAUGUAAACAGGAAGGCCGGCUGAGAGCCUAUGGAGCUGGCUUGCUCUCUUCUAUCAGUGAACUAAAGCAUGCACUGUCUGGGAACGCCAGGGUCAAACCCUUUGAUCCCAGUGUCACCUGCAAGCAAGAGUGCAUGAUUACAACAUUCCAGGAAGUUUACUUCAUUUCAGAAAGCUUUGAAGAUGCAAAGGAGAAAAUGAGGGAGUUUGCAAAGACUAUCAAGCGCCCCUUUGGAGUGAAUUAUAACCCUUAUACACAAAGUGUUCAGCUCUUGAAAGACCCAAGGAGCAUCGCUAAUGUGGUGAAUGAGCUCCGCCAUGAACUGGACAUUGUCAGCGAUGCCCUCAACAAGAUGGGCAAGCAGCUGGGAAUCUAA